AUGAGGUUGGCAAUUCUUCAGAGCUCCUUUACUGAGAGAAUAAUCAUCAUCAUGGUAACAAAAGGCGGGGAUCCAAACGAGGUAAAGGAACAUCUUGAUUGGCUGAAACAGAGAGCCAAAAUUAUUGUUCUUGGCAUUGGUGAUGAUGCAAAAAACUUGGAAGGCUACACUAACCAACCUCAAACAAUUACUAUCAAGGAAUGGAAUGCAGAAUCAAAGGAGCUCAUGGUGUAUGAGGCUGUGGGCUUUUCCGGCUUGGACAAAGAUUUAGACAUGGCUAACAACUUCUCUAAUGUAGAAUCAGAUUUUCUAGGCCCUCGUCAAUCUCGAAAACAGGGUUAA